AUGACGGAACCCUUGUAUACAGCAUUCACCGGCGAUCAGGCUGAAUCUAAUUCCAUUGCACUAUUGGAAGGCCGCUACUCCCUGCCCGACCUUCUCGACCCCGCCACUACAGCCUUCCUUUCACAUUGCCGGUUUCACAAGGAUCACUUACCUGUGCACCUUGAGGUGACUACCUCUGAUCAUGUGUACUUCUGGUCUCGAAAUCCGGAGGACAAAGGCUCAGAACCUCAUGGCUUGCACAACGGACACUUCAAGGCAGCGGCCCAGUCACCAGUUAUUGCCUCUUGUGAUGCCCUUUUUCGCAAUAUUCCUUUGGCAACGGGAUUUGUCCCCUCAAAUUGGCGAAACUUGAUGAAUUUUGCAAUUGAGAAAAAGGCAGGCGACUUCCGGCUGUCAAAAAUGCGUACUAUUCAGUUAAUGAAUUCGGAGGCACAGGCGAACAACAAAAAAGCGGGUCGGGCGGCCAUGCGAUAUGCCGAGGAACACUCCUUGAUUCCGGACGGUCAGUGCGGUUCUCGGAAACGUCACCAGGCCAUUGAUCUGGCCCUGUCCAAACGUCUGGUCUGGGACUUGUUGAUUCUCCAACGAUGCGCGGCUGGGUGGAUCUCUAAUGAUGCCAAAUCCUGCUUUGAUCGUAUUGUUCAUUGGCGACGCAUCGGGUGCGGAGAUUCAGAACGUACUUUCAAGCCGCCUUCUGUUAUCCCCUUCCAAGGCUGUGGUCAGGGUAUUGGGGCUGGACCCCCUAUAUGGAUCUCCGUGAGCUCCGUUCUCAUUACCAUGAUGGAAGCGAUGGGUUACGGCUUUGAGUGCCUCUCAGCACUGGAGUCAAAGUUGGUCACAGCCCAAUGCUUCUGCUUUGUUGAUGACACCAACGUCAUUGAGGCUGGCAAUACAGUCCAUCACUCGGGUGAAGCCAUAUGUGCAUCGGUGCAGGACGCCGCCACUCUGUGGGCUGGGGGAAUCCGAGCCAUUGGAGGUGCGAUCAACCCCGAGAAGUCCUUUUGGUGGCUCAUUGAUUUCGAGUGGGACUCCCGCACAGGCAAAUGGAAAUUCCGUGGGAAAAAAGCAGUCGUCCCCGACUUUGCACUUCAACCUCAAGGUCUUUCAGGUGCUACUGAAUCCUUGCGUCGCCUUGAACCAGAUGACUCGGAACGCACUUUGGGAGUUAUGCUUGCUCCUUUGGAAAACCUUGAGGCUCACAAGGCUCAGACGGUUGCUAAAGCCAAGGAUUGGGCAGAACAGCUUCGACCCAACCUGCUUCACAAAUAUGAUGUCCUCCGCCUCAGCAAGUCGACCAUCAUGAAGAAAUUGGAGUAUCCGAUGGCGCUAACAACUCUGGCUGCCCAGCAAUGGAAAGACAUUAUGUCUCCGGCGGGUGUCUGUCGUAAUUUCCCUUGGGAUGUAGUAUUUGCUCCGCUGUCCUAUCAGGGCCUUGGACUUCCACAUCCGUUUGGUUGUCAAGUGUUUAAGCAUCUUGAGAUGUUGCUCCGACAUAUAGCCAACAGGACCAAAAUGGUGACUAUAUGGAGGCCAACAUCCAAGCCCAUCAAGUUGAAACGGGGACGUCCUUUGGACUUUUGCAACAAGUCUACACCAACACAACGAUCCUCGCUUCCGACACGUGGAUGA